UUACACGAAUAUAUACCAUGACAUAGAAUAGAGUAUACCCUUUUAAAGAAAAAUCUAAUAUAAUGCGUAAAUUAUUCUAAAAAAAAAUAAAAAACGAUCUAAAUUAAUUUAGUAAAUUACGUGGAUUUGAACAUACUUUGUUUUUAAAAUUAUUAGAUAAAGGAUUUGUACCGUUUGUAGCAAAGAAAGAAAGCGACGUUGCAAGUUCGUGCAUUGUUCGAAAUCGCCACGAGCGCUUUGCGCUGCUGCCAGACUGGUUCGUUGUUUGUUGUUUGGACAUUUAGAAAACUUGUCAAUCUUGCUUGCCAUUGUGUUGUUUAUAGCGUUCCGCGACGAUUCUGUAUGAGUUAGCGUGUAUUCCUUAUCGUUUUAUUCCUGUUACUUGUUAUCAUUCGUUGUUAUUGUUUUGUUUGUUAUUGAACUUAGUGUUUUGUGUGGUACAAGUCGUUUCGUACUAAUAACGUACGUGUGCGUACGUACUUUAUGUUUGAAAAUCCCUUAGAAUGGGAAACAAGAAAGGACGAAAACCUAGUGCAUCAGUGAGGUUGAAGCGGAAACGUAUAAGCAAACAUGCUCUGGAAUGUCGUUACAACAAAGCCGCUGCACAGCCACCUGAUCCACAUGACCAAAUUGACAGUGAAGUGUGUCAUUCUGUUCAAGAAACCACAAAUCAACCUGAACCAUCUUCUGCUCAUGGAGAUAAUUUAAGUGAAGACACUGAAGGCAAUGAUUUUAUUAUAACACCUGAAAAUAUACCUACUGGCCCUGAACAUGGCCACGAAACAAAAUAUGGCAGGAGGAUUGUCAAUGUGGCCCAGUUCUUUGACAAGUUACAAGAAAUAUCUGCACAUGGCCCUCUCAAUUGCGGAUUACAAUCAGUUCAGAUCAUAUCAGAAACACGAACUGGUCUUAUCUCACUUUACACAUUAGAGUGCAAAAUGUGCAAUAUGAGGUUUCAUAUUCACAAUGACAAUGCUGCUGAUACAUUGGACUUGAACAUUAGCGCAGUGGCAGGCACAGUAGCAAUUGGGUGUGGCUACACUCAACUCACUGAUUUAACAGCUGCUAUUUGCAUACCUCCAAUGUCAAAAAAUAUAUUUUCUGCCAGAAUGGCGGUUGUACACAAAAAGUGGGAAGAAGAAUUGUAUAAAUCAAUGACCCAGGCUGCUGAAGAAGAACGCGAAUUAGCUAUAAAAGAGGGAAGAGUCAAUUCUGAAGGCAUUGCUAUCAUAGAUGUGAUAGCUGAUGGAUGUUAUUCCAAAAGGUCCUAUAGAAAGAAUUAUUCUGCUUUAUCAGGUGCAGCUGCUAUUAUUGGCAAAAGGACUAAUAAAAUAUUGUAUGUAGCAAUAAAAAACAAGUAUUGCUCAAUUUGCUCUGUAGCACAGAGUAGAAACAUAGAUGCAAAGGAACACAAUUGUUUCAAGAAUUACUCAGGGCCCUCUACUGGAAUGGAGUCAGAGAUUUUAGUAGAAGGUUUCAAAAGGAGCAUUGAUAUGCAUAACCUCAUAUAUGGAAGGUUGAUAUCGGAUGGGGAUGCUAAUACUUAUGCAAAAAUAUUGCAGACAAGACCAUACAAGAACCACACAGUGGAAAAAAUUGAAUGCCGGAAUCAUUUACUGCGCAAUAUGUGUAAUAAACUUGCUGCUCUGCAAACGGACACAAAGUAUCUCCUGAAAUUCAGGAGAUAUGUGAUCAAAGACAGAAUUAAGUCAAUCAGAAGAGUCAUCGUCAAAGCUAUAAAAGAACAUAAAGGUACAAAUAAUGUUGAUCGUCUUUAUCGAGACAUUGUUACAGCACCCGAUCAUGCUUUUGGCAUUCAUACAAAAUGCAAACCAUACUUCUGCAGCCAAAAUAAUGAAGAUCAAAAAAUAGACCAGGACUUUUUCAGCAAUAGUAUUUGGCAGCAGAUAAAAUCAAUUAUCAGCCAAUUUGCUGUCCAUACGAGGAGUUUAAUUUUUGAUGUUGACAGCAACGCUGUUGAGAGAUACCACAGCAUUGUGGCAAAAUUAGUAGGAGGAAAGCGGAUUAAUUUUACACAAAGAUACCAAUAUCAAAUGAGAUGCAAUGUAGCAGCGUUAACGUUUAAUACGCAAAAACCUUUAUCCGUGCUGCACAAAACAAUUGUAGGACGAAGCCCUCGUAACGAAAUUGCGAGAAAUGAAAAAAACAAAGCAAAAAGCCGUUUGCUAACAGCGAAAUACCCGAGAAAGAAGAGGAGGUUAUUUCAAAAAGAGGAUACAAGAAAUUAUGGCCCGGAUUGCUCAAAGCCUGAUAUCGACGAUGACAUGAUGAUUAAAGCCAAACAAGACUUUUUGAAAAAUCUUGAAAAAUCCAGCGCUGAACGAGAGAGAAUAUGUCGAGAUACUAUUCUACAAGCAGGCAGUAGCGAAUGGCUUGAGUUGCGACGAAAUAUAUUGACCGCAUCUAAUUUUGGCCGCGUAGUCAAGAGAAGGAAAAAUAUUAGCUGCCAAAAUAUUGUGAAAGAUAUUUUGUACAAAAAAUCCAUUGAACAUGUAUCUUCUAUAAAACACGGAAAAGACCAUGAAGCAGACGCUUUGCAACAAUUAGCGCAUCAAGAAGGAGUCAAAAUAGAGCCAUGUGCAGAGGCGUAUUUACAAAUUUGGCGCCCCGGGCCAUUUUGA